UUACUUUGACAUGCAAAUACAGAAUAUUUGUUUUCUGUUUUUAUUUUUAUAAUUGCUUUUUGUUGGAAUAUAUUCAUGCCUCACUUCCCUGUUUCUGUAUGUUUCUACAAGUUUUGUAAAAAAAAAAAAAAAAAACUUGAUAUGUAAUUAUUUUGUGAAGCAACUUUUAAAAACGCUAUGUUUGUAGUAAUGCAUUUGUAAUUAAGUAUAAAUGUGACAUCUAUAACACGCACACGCACACGCACACGCCCGCACUGUACUGUAUGCAUGUAAAGUGCAUUGAUGAUGAACGCUCGCGUGAUUCGCGUGGAAGAGUGGGCGUGUAAAAAUAUCAGAAUUCCCUCGCGCAUCGUGAUGCUCCCCGUGACCAUGAGUCACUGAAUCACGCCACGAAACCCACCACCGCAACUAUCCUCGAACGCGUUUUGUCUCACGCGUGAACCCAGCGACAUUAAAUUCAGCAGCAGCGUGGAAAUAUGACUCGCGCGAGCGGAAUCGAGCUACGCUGGGGAUGUUUCACGCGCGCGGUCACUUACAUGGUGUGUUUAAGGUGCCGGGGCGAGGCAUCAUGCGAUUUACCUGAGCGUGAUUGUUCCACCUGGAGGUUACAGGAUGCCGGUGCAGGCAGCUCAAUGGACUGAGUUUCUAUCCUGCCCCAUCUGCUAUAAUGAGUUUGACGCCUGCAGCCACAAGCCCAUCAGCCUGGGCUGCUCGCACACCGUCUGCAAGACCUGCCUGCACAAACUGCAUCGCAAGGCCUGUCCUUUUGACCAGACGGCCAUUAGCACUGACAUUGAUGUGCUGCCUGUCAACUGUGCCCUCCUGCAGCUGGUGGGGGCGCCGGUUCCAGAGGGAGAGAUUGUGAGUGUGGGCAGUGUUGAAGACACGAGACAUUAUGAAGUGUGCAGGAUCUGUGUGGAGGAGCUGGCGCUGUAUCUCAGACCAAUCAGUGGAGGAAAAGGUGUAGUGACCCUCAGUCAGAGCACGCUCAGUAGACCCAUGCAGAGGAAGCUGGUGACCCUGGUGAACUGCCAGCUGGUUGAGGAGGAGGGGCGAAUGCGUGCAGUCCGGGCAUGCAGAUCUCUGGGUGAGCGCACCGUCACUGAACUGAUCCUGCAGCACCAGAACCCACAGCAGCUCUCCGCUAACCUAUGGGCCGCUGUGCGGGCACGCGGCUGCCAGUUUCUAGGACCUGCCAUGCAGGAAGACGCUCUGAAGCUGGUGCUGCUGGCUCUGGAGGACGGCUCUGCUCUCUCGCGGAAGGUUCUGGUGCUGUUUGUGGUGCAGAAACUGGAAGCACGGUUCCCUCAGGCGUCUAAGACCAGCAUUGGUCAUGUAGUGCAGCUGCUGUACCGUGCCUCCUGCUUUAAGGUGACCAAACGUGACGAAGAUUCCUCACUCAUGCAGCUCAAAGAGGAGUUUCGCACGUAUGAAGCCCUGCGCCGUGAACACGACGCUCAGAUCAUUCACAUCGCCAUGGAAGCAGGACUGCGUAUCUCACCGGAGCAGUGGUCGUCUCUGCUGUACGGGGAUCUCAUGCACAAAUCUCACAUGCAGUCAAUCAUAGACAAGCUUCAAUCCCCAGAAUCCUUUGCAAAGAGCGUGCAGGAGCUCACCAUAAUCCUGCAGAGAACAGGAGACCCAGCCAACCUCAACAGCCUCAGAGCUCCUCUCGAGCGGCUAGCCGGCAUCGACCACAACCCUGAUGCGGCCUCUCCAUCCUGGACAGAGCUGGAGAGUGUGUUAUUGGCUGUGAAGGUUGUUGUCCACGGACUGGUGGAAUUCAUCCAAAACUUCUGCAAAAAGAGCAAUGAAAGCCCCCAGGCUCAACCCAACUGCAAGUACAAGACGAGUAUGUGCAGGGACUUACGGCAGCAGGGCGGCUGCCCAAGAGGGGCCAGUUGCACUUUUGCCCACACGCAGGAGGAGCUCGAGAAGCACAGAAUGAGGAAUAGGAAACCCAGCGGGGCGGUGAGGCUCUUCCCGUCAGUUCCAGCGGUUAUGCCCAAAACCGGCACCAAAGGAGCAGUCCCAGGGUCAGAGGUGAAGAACCACGAGAAAGGCGUCCCAGAGGAUGCGUCUCCUACUCAGCUCAUCCCAAGAGGAGGAGACCACCAGGAGGACAAAACUCUCCCCAAUAGUGCUAACGGACUGCCUGCUGCCAGCCUAGAACAAAUUCCCAUCAGUCGGAGCCAGUCCUCUGCGAUAGCUUCGGGAUUGUGUACAGAGGACGACUGUGGUCUCCUCAAACAUGGGCCUGUCCUCACGAGAGCUCAUCCUAAGAUUUACUACUCUCAGGACCAGAGACCAUAUGACCUGUCACCCUACCACCAACCUGCCUUUCCUCCUCACAAGUCAUGCAACGCUCGUUUCCAUCGUUCCAGCAACGUGCCCGAAUCCUUGUUACCCCCUUCCGUGGGCCCUCUAUACCCAGAUCAGCACCCCUCUAUUCCUCCUGCAGACAGAUUAGGCCCCGCUCCGUAUGGGCAACCCUCGACCUACACCUCUAUGUCCCACGCACAUGGCAUGUACACCCCAGUCUAUGACAGCAGGCGCAUGUGGAGGCCGCCGCUGUAUCCCAGGGAUGGCGGGAGGAGUAACUCUCUCCCUCCGGAGGUUUUUCAUUCCACCGUCUACCAGCCUCCCCUCCGGGAGCGCUUCAACUCGCUGGACAGCCCCUACUGCAGCACAGCGGAGCAGAGAGCGGCAAUGCACAGGGACGCGUACAACCGUGUUCCUCUUGGCUAUGAGGAACUCUAUCGCCACAAACAGGAACAGUGGGUACAUCCCCACAGCAACAUGAACAGGCCCUCCCAGUCCUCCCCAGUCUUCACUGUGGAUGUGUGUCCAGAGGUACGGCCCACCGAUAUGGUGUUUUUAGAGCAUCCUGAGGGUGUAGGUGGUGGGCGUAUGACUUGUAAGUGUCAUGGUGGAGAAGAGAGCUUUACCCACUAUUCGCCCUGGUCGUGCAGCACCAUCAGCCCAUUUGAGUCAGAGCCCCACCAUUUGUCAACCCACUCCUGUUCCAAACAGCUAGACGGGGAGAGUGGCGGCAAACGGUGGCUGCACAUGUUCGAGCCCUAUAGGCGACUGAAAGAAGAAGAUCCCAUCAUUCCUUUUGGAGAGGGGCCCAUCAUCUCUAAAUGGGGAGCCAUCUCCCGCGCUUCCCGCACUGGCUUUCACACCACUGCCCCGGUCCAAGCCACUGCAUCGCAGAGGUGCUCCGGCACCACUUCAGUCAACUUCAGAGACUAUAGCUGUCAUAUUGGUCACAGUGACCUCAGAUGGGGCCCACGUGGUUCUGACUCUUCUAGUCACUCCAGCUUUCUAGAAAGCGAUCAGCUGUCCAUGUCAGGGCUGCAUGUAAGGCAUAAUUCCUUCAGCAGCGGGUCAAAGCAGGGCACAGAUCUGCUGGGGAAGGAUGGGAUGGAGAGUGAGCCUGACAGAGACAUUGAGCUGGAGCUGUCUGCUCUGGACAUGGAGGACACAGAAACACAGGACUGCAACUCUGAGGACUCUAUGGAAACGCAAAGCCGCUUCCAGAACAACCACCUCUCUACAGUCUUCUGUGAUCCAGCAAGUUCUCAGUUGGAAAACAACCUGCCUGACAGAAUGGAAGCCCAUCUUAUGAAGAAGAUGGCAUUCAGAAAGGCCCUCUCUCCUGGAGACCUCAGUAUGGGGAAGAUGCAGAUGAGGACAUGCUUGCCCAGGCCUGGAGACCCUCCGCGACCCAGUCCAGGACCUGAGAUGCUGCUAAACGGGAACUAAGGGGGGCUGAAAACACCAGUCCUCCUCAUGUUCUAAUUCCAUGUGGUCAUGCCAAGAAUCCACCAUCCUCCUUAGGUAGAAGGUUGAGUUGCCCUUAUAGGAGUCAAUCGAGGCAGCGAGACGCAGCCGAAAGCCUUCUGUAUUCAUGUGUUCUCUUCAUAAGAGCUAGCUAUGCCCUGUAAUUGUAAUCACUCAUCAUCUGUUCAGAGUCAGUUUGUUUUUCUUAAUCACUGCUUGUGGAUGAAUGUUCACGUUGAGUCACAACUCCACCUCAGGUAGCUCUCGACGUCAGUCAAUCAGAACUCUCUCCAAGCCAGGAAACCAAUUACCCAUGUCCCGUAACUCUGUACAGAAGUGACGGUUCUCACUAGCUUUUAGCACACUGAGGAAACCAUAAUCUACUGUAUGAUCAUUAUAUAGCAGACUCUUCCAAUAUAUAUUAAGAAUAACCAAGGUGCUUGGAAUCUAUAGUACAUGCAUUUUUAUUAUUAGUAUUGCAGUGUUAGCCACUGAAAUGUCAUGUGCAUUAAUUGUUUGUUGGGCAUCAUUGUUUGAAAAAAACAUUCAUUGAUCAUUGUUUAAAUGUAUGUGUGUGCAUUGUGGUAUAUGUCUGGUAUCUCUAAGAGACAUUUCACAGGCAAUCAAUCAAUAUUUUGUAGAAAUAUUCAAAAGAAACAGUUCACCCAGAAAUUAAAAGUCUGUCAUUCUGAUCACAGCUUAAUCACUGAAAAUCCCUCCAUUGGCAGUGUUGUAGUCGAGAUCAGCUUGUUCGAGUCCAAGUCCAGGCCACCCCUGAAUAAUUACGCCGAGUCAAGACCAAGACCAGAAGAGGGUUGAGUCUGACUCAGAGUCGUAAAAGACACCAGAAGAGGGCAGAGUCCAAGUUAAGACAGCGACCAGAAGAUGGGCAAGUCUGAGUCAAGACAGAGACCAGAAGAAGGCUGAAUCCUAGUCAAGACAAGAGACCAGAAGAGUGUUGAUUCCAAGUCAAGACUAAAAUCAGAAGAUAGUCACAUCUGGGUCAAGACAGAGACCAGAAGAGGGUCAAAUCAGAGUCAAGACAGAGACCAGAAGAGGGCGGAGUCAGACUAAUGACAGAGACCAGAAGAGGGUCAAAUCAGAGUCAAGACAGAGACCUGAAGAGGGCAAAGUCAGACUAAAGACAGAGACCAGAAGUGGGCGGAGUCCGACUCAAGACAGAGACCAGAAGAGGGCCGAGUCCGACUCAAGACAGAGACCAGAA